AUGGAGAACCAAACUUUAGAUUUGGAUGUUCUAAUUGUGGAGGGGUUGAAGGUCACGCCUCAGUCCUCCGUCCCUGCCUUCAUCCUCCUCCUCCUCAUCUACAUCUUCAUCAUGGUGUCCAACAUCGGCCUGGUGGUUCUGAUCAGCAUGGAGCGCAGCCUGCACCAGCCCAUGUACCUGCUGUUCUGCACAAUGAGUAUUAACGAUGUGUUCGGGGCCUCCGCCAUCAUCCCGAGGAUCCUGAGUGACGUGUUUAUCCCCAUGUCUCAGCGCUUCAUGUCCUAUGAUGAGUGCGUCCUCCAGGCCUUCUGUGCUCACUUCCAUGCAUGCAUCGCUCACACCGUGCUGAUCAUCAUGGCGUUCGAUCGCUACGUGGCCAUCUGCAAGCCGCUGCGUUACGCCACCAUCAUGACCCACAGGAUGGUGCUGGGUCUGUCGGUGUGGGCGUGGUCGAUCUCUUUCCUGCUGGUGGGGAUCCUCAUCGGCCUCAGUGUGCGUCUGUCUCGCUGCAGGAGGGUUAUCCUCAACCCGUUCUGCGACAACGCCUCCUUGUUCAAGCUGUCCUGCGAAACGUUCAUCAUCCACAUCUACGGCCUCGGCACCGCCAUGCUCAUCCUGGGAUCCUCCCUGUGCAGCGUCAUGCUCACCUACCUGAGCAUCGCCAUGGUGUGUCUGCGCAGUAAGAACAAGGCUCUGAACAGCAAGGCGCUGCAGACCUGCGCCACUCACCUGGCCGCGUACGCCAUCCUGCUGUUCUCAGGCUGCAUCAUCAUCAUCCUGCACCGCUUCCCUCACCUAUCGGAUCACAGGAAGCUGGCGUCCAUCUUGCUCCACAUGGUCUCUCCGGCUAUGAACGCUAUUAUCUACGGACUGCAAAUCAAAGCAGUUCGAGAAAAGAUUAUCAUCAUAUUCAAAAGGAAAACCCCUGGGAAAGUGAAGGUAAAGAAUUGUGACGGUCAGAAAUGA